AAAAACUUAUAAACACCAUUCAAGUGGUGCGAUAACUUAAAAUCUUCAAGCGGUACACUUAUUCAGCCAAACACACAAACACAAAUAGAGAAUCCCUCCCUCAAUUGUUUCAACUACCAUUCCUUCACUACAACAGCAAACUAUUUAGAAACCUUCUCUGCAACAACAAACUAUUUAGAAGAUAAUACAAAUUCAAAUGAAUAUGGAGUACACAACUUUGAAGCAGAUAUCGAGGGACAAAGAUAAAACAAAAGUGAAAGUUAGAGUUUUACGAAUGUGGGAUGCAAUUAAUAUAGCAAACAACCAUGAUUUGAUUAGCCUCGAUAUGAUAUUGGUUGACAAAGAGGGAACAUUGAUACAUGCAAGCAUCAGAAAGAACCUUGCUCAAAGUUAUCAUCCACAACUAAAUGAAGGGAGCAUAUAUACAAUUACAAAUUUCUUAGUUGAAGAAAAUAGAGGGAACUAUUGUCCAGUACAUAACAAACUCAAAAUACUUUUCAAUUCAACAACUUCAGUCUCAAAAUUCAGCGGAUUUGAUCAUUCAAUACCUCAAUCCCAAUUUGAAUUUGCUGAUUAUGGAACAAUAGCUUCCCGUUGCUAUGACACUACUUACUUGACUGAUGUGAUAGGCAUAUUGGACUACAUUGGAGCCAUCGAGGAGAUCAAAACAACAGGGCGUCCAACAAAGAUGAGAAACAUUCAACUAUUGUUAGAAGAGUAAGAUAUAUAUACAUUUUUUAAAACUUAUAUGUUAUAAUUUUAAAAUAACUCAAACUUACAUAUAAACAACUUUAGGAACAAAUCAGUUCAAACAACUUUGUGGGGAAAUACUACACAACAAAUAGAUGAUGAUUUCUACAAAACAAAUAAAAGGCCAUUCAUUG